AUGAUGUUGAUCUUACCAUUAAUUGGUUACCUGGGACUUGCCCUCAGCUUUGGGUUCAUGACACUUUCCAUCGCAUCUGGUCUCUAUUACCUCUCGGAACUGGUCGAGGAGUAUACCGUCGUCGCCAAGAAAAUCUUGACGCGGAUGAUCUAUAUGGUGAUAGGCCUCCAAGCACUCCUGUAUCUCUGCGACGGCUUUCCCUUGAUGUUAUCGGCGAUAGGUAUCUUCACGCAUGUGCUCUACCUAGGAAAUCUCCAGCGGUUUCCCCUCGUACGAAUCAGUGAUGCUUUGUUUCUUCUCUCCAGCGUGAUGGUGCUCGUGAACCACUACCUCUGGUUCAGCCACUUCUCGAGUAUCUCCCUCGCCGCCAUACCCUUCUCCCGCUACGAGGUGCCGGUUGGCCCAACCUUUACGGAGAUUGCUUCCUUCUUCGGCAUCUGUGUGUGGCUAGUGCCAUUUGCGCUCUUUGUAUCGCUCUCGGCCAGCGAUAAUGUUUUGCCAACCAUGGGCAGCGAAGUCCCAGGUUUUUCUGGCGGUGCGACGGUGACAGACAAGAGGCAUGGCAUGGUGAAAGUCGUCGUUGAUAGUAUAAGGGAGUGGAUCAUAAAUCUGGGUAUUACUGCUGGCUGGUGGAGACCAGAAGGGCGUUUCUAA